AUGGACCACAGCUUGGCAGUCUUGACUGAGAUGGAGUUCAAGAAUCUUCACAAUGUGAAUACACUACUGUGGGACUUAUCGUUCCACCCAACUGCUGCCGCCGAAACCACUCAGUCAUCGAUCACAAUUCAUUUUCCUCACUCGAGCUCCCCAUUGCAAUCCACCAUGUCGCCACAUUCAUGGACCCAGACGGCUGCUGGUAUUACUGAAUCGCUAAAUGAGCCCAUCAAUCUGGAUGGCUGUGGCUUUGCAUCGACCCCAGAAGGAGAAACCCCUACUUCAUCGCCGUCAAAGCCUCAGGAGCAAGUUAUCUCCAAAGGCCGCAACAGAAAGUCAAGGUGUGUCAUCAAACGCUACCUCAGUUUCGGUUUCUUAUACUAG